AUGAGGCCCGAGAAGUCAGCUUUGGUAUUUCUGCCCCUGCAACUCUUCUGUGCUAGUUGUGGAUUCUGUGAGAAGGUCCUGGUGUGGCCCUGUGACAUGAGCCAUUGGCUUAAUGUCAAGGUCAUUCUAGAGGAGAUCAUAGUGAGGGGCCAUGAGGUAACAGUAUUGACUCACUCAAAGUCUUUGUUAAUUGAUUACAGGAAGCCUUCUGCACUGAAAUUUGAGGUGGUCCAUAUGCCGUAGGAUAAAACAGAAGAAAAUGAAAUAUUUGUUGACCUAGCUCUGAAUAUCUUGCCAGGCUUACCAACCUGGCAAUCAGUCAUAAAAUUAAGUUUUUUUUUGUUGAAAUGAGGAACUUUAAAAGUGAUGUGUGAGAGUAUUAUCUAUAGUCAGACACUUAUGAAGAAGCUACAGGAAACCAACUAUGAUGUAGCACUCAUAGACCCUGUGAUUCCCCGUGGAGACCUGAUGGCUGAGUUGCUUGCAGUCCCUUUUGUGCUCACACUUACAACUUCUCUAAGAGGCAAUACGGAACAAAGCUGUGGGAAACUUCCAGCUCCACUUUCCUAUGUACCUGUGCCUAUGACAGGACUAACAGACAGAAUGACCUUUCAGGAAAGAUUAAAAAAUCCAAUGCUUUCAGUUUUCUUCCACUUCUGGAUUCAGGAUUAUGACCAUCAUUUUUGGGAAGAGUUUUAGAGUAAGGCAUUAGGUAAGAGAUUCUUGUUUUGUACCUCAGUUGGAAAUGCAGAAAUCAACCAUCUUCUGUGUCAAUCAUGGUGGGAGCUGCAGUACCCCUGUGUAAUGCAGAGAAAUUUUUGUCUUCCGGAAAUGGAAAAUGUUGUCCAGAGUUCAGGGGAAGAUGAUAUUGGGUUGUUUUCUCUGGGAUCAAACGUUAUAGAAGAAAAGGCUAAUAUCAUUGCUUCAGCCCUUGCCCAGAUCCCACAGAAGGUGUUGUAGAGAUACAAUGGAAAAAAACCAUCCACAUUAGGAACCAAUACUCGGCUGUAUGAUGGGAUACCCCAGAAUGAUCUUCUUGGUAGGUGACCUCAAACCAAAGCUUUUAUCACUCAUGGAGGAAUGAAUGGGAUCUAUGAAGCUAUUUACCAUGAGGUCCCUAUGGUGGGAGUUCCCGUAUUUGGUGAUCAGCUUGAUGCCAUAGCUCACAUGAAGGCCAAAGGAGCAGCUGUAGAAAUAAACUUCAAAACUAUGACAAGCAAAGAUUUACUCAGGGUUUUGAGAACAGUCAUUAACGAUUCCUCUUAUAAAGAGGAUGCUAUGAGAUUAUCAAGAAUUCACCAUGAUCAACCUGUGAAGCCCCUGGAUCAGGCAGACUUCUGGAUCGAGUUUGUCAUGUGCCACAAAGGAGCCAAGCACCUGUGGUCAGCUGCCCACGACCUCACCUGGUUCCAGUACCACUCUAUAGAUGUGAUUGGGUUCCUGCUGGCCUGUGUGGCAACUGCUAUAUUCUUGGCCACAAGAUGUUGUUUAUUUUCCUGUCAAAAAUUUAAUAAAACUAGAAAGAUAGAAAAGAGGGAAUAGAUCUUUCCAAAUUUAGAGAAGACAUGAUGGGGUAAUCCUGUUAAUUCCAGACACAAAUAAUUUAGUGAAAACAUGUUACUUUCCUAUUUUCUUAUUAUCUAUUCUGAUAUUUUAUCUUAGCUAAGUAACCUAGAAUUCCACGAUCAUGAACUUGUGAGUAUAUCUCAUUAUUUCAUUGUAUUUUCCUAGGUGUGCUUACUCUCUUCUCUCACUUUGUGACACAAGGACAUGAAUACAUCUAAAUUUUCCUAUUUCUGAUAUCACUGUUUCCAUGACGUCAUUACUUCUCUAACCUUAAGUGAUAGGAUGACCUGCAAUAUGCUGAUUCCUGGUGUUUGCACAAACACAUGGAUGUAAAGAAGUAAAAAAUGUAAAAUUCACAAAAUUCAGUAAACCACACAAAUCAGUGAAGCAUUCUAUGACAUUAGCUUGUUAUGAGUAACAUAAUGAUUUUUCUUUUUCAAUUUAAAUAAGCCCUUCCUUCUACAUACCCAGCAUUACUGAUCUCAGACAAUGAAUUGCUAAAAAUGACGAUAGGGCAUUAUACUCAGAAUAGUUUGCUAUAUUUCCACAUACCUCAUCUAGAUGUCAUAGCCUACAUUUCUGCCAUCACUUAACUGACAUUUUUUGUGUGUUCUUGAUGAUAAAUAGACAGUUCUUAUUAUUGUCCUCAAAUAAUAAAAGAAACUGAAAUUUUCUUACAUAGGGAAAAUGUCCAUAAGAUAUUCAAGUUAAACAGAUUAUUUUGAGAUAAGUAACCGUUAGAAAUAUAUGAUUGUAAUUUCUGAUUUUAUAAAAUUUUAAUUGAUAGUACACUUGAUUUAAAUGUCUAUUCUUUAAAAUGAUGAAUACUCAUAAUUCUUAUGUCUAUAAUCAAAAGUAUAAUUUACUGUAGAAAAAUAAAGAGAUGCUUGUUCUGAAAG